UAUUGGCUGGCCCAAUUUUCUAUUAAGAAAGACAAAUGUUGUACAGUUUUGAGCCGGAACAUCGUACUAGUUUAAGAUUAGUAAAAGAGAAGGGAGCAGAAGGGUUUCGGGAGCAUCUGUGACUGUGAGAUAUGUGGCGGGGAGGUGGAAAUGGUGUAGCAAGUGUAUUUGUGAGGCAUUUCUCGCGGAAAAGGGCAACAAAUCUUAGGAAGAUCAAUCCCAAGGUACCACCCCAAGAAGCUGCUACUAUUGCCGAAUCUCUUUACCAUGUUAUCCAUCAGCACGGUCCUCUCACCCUCCCCAAUACUUGGAACCUCGCCAAGGAAGCUAAUAUUAAUGGAUUAAACAGCAAAACACACAUGAAGCUAAUGCUCAAAUGGAUGAGGGGUCGAAAUAUGCUUAAGCAGUUCUGCCACCAUGUUGGUUCUAGCAAGAAAUUCAUGCUUUCUGCCCUACCUGAAAAAACACAGAUCAACCAGGCAGGCAAACAACUCACUGGAAGUCAAGAUUAAGAUGGAAAAGCCUCCAAUCAAAAGGUGAGACUCCCAUGAUUGAUCUUUCGUUAUGAGGCUUGAAAAGGUUUCGCGAUGAAGAAAUAUCAAGCUUGUGCUCAGGCUUGAUGACACUCUACACUCUCUCUUGUAUUUUCUGGUCUUUUGUAAUGAGAUCUUUCGCUGUGGGGUUAUCUACCAUGGGUUUGAUCAAUCUUUCUUAGUUGUGGGGACAUGUGGUCUGAAUUUUCCCAAUGGAUUUUAUGCAUUUAGCAUGGCAAACAUCCUCAUUGAUAAGUUCUUGUCAUUUUCAAUACGGACGAACUAACAUGUCUGCAACUCAUGGCUAGACGGGUUUUAGAUUUUUCUGAAAUCGUGCCCAAGGAUGAUUUGGGUAUUUUAGGGAGUAGAAGUUUAAUUUGGUCGAAUGCAGCUUGAACGACUAUGGAAUUUGAUGUACUGUUAUUUAAUCAAAUCCAUUUGCAGGUAAGAUGUUGUAUUUCUGGUUCCA